AUGACCUCGAUCGGCGGCAAGUCGUCUUCCUCCCCAGGCGACCCGGGCUCGAACGACCUCGAUACCGCCAACAACCCUGGUACCAUCGCCGGCCUUCACGACGACCCGGCCUACGACCCGACCCUGACCUCCCCCUCUGCCAUCCACCUUUCCACCUCCCUCACCCAUACCCGAGAGGUCAGCAUGAUCGAAAAGGGCCCUUCCCACGUCGGGGUCGUCUUCACCCCCUCGUUGGCCGAACAACGGAUCAGCUGGGCACUCGACGUCUUGCGUAAAGAAGAAGCGAGGAGCGUCCUGGACGUCGGGUGUGGAGAGGGGGCGUUGUUGAAGAUCCUCUGUCGGCCGGCGAGUUGCGUGAUGGAGGAUCCGAUCGAGCCCGUAAUAGGGCAAGACGGGUCCAUGGCGGCGAACCUGGGGGGUUCUUCGGCAAUAGCAGCAGCGUCGGGCUCGACCUUGACCUCAUCGUCGUCGUCUUCAAGACCACCGGCGGGCGGGCUCGACGUGGAUGCGACCACCAUCCCGAUCGCCGUUCGAAACACCGCUCCUCCACCUUCAUGUUCCGGCACACAGGCCUCCGCUGCAUCAACAUCGCCAUCAUCACUCGAUGACGACGCAAAUCUCAAUUCGGAUGCUAGCAACGUACCGCCGAGAUGGCAGAGGCUCGAAGUCGAGAUCUGGCAAGGCGGAUUGGAGAAGCAUAAUCAACGGUUGGAAGGGUUCGAAGCGAUCACCGGGCUGGAAAUUAUCGAACACCUGAACGGACCCUCGUUGGCCGUCUUCCCUCAGAUGAUCUUUGGGACGUUUCGGCCCAAGGUCGUCCUCAUCACUACGCCCAAUUUCGAGUUCAACAGCAAGUUCCCUCGAUCGCACACGCCCGACGGUUGUCACGGCCCCUCCAAGGGGUUCUUGGACCCGACGGGGAGGACCGAGAGGGUGUUUAGGCAUUCCGAUCACAAGCUCGAGAUGACCGAGCAAGAGUUUAGGGAUUGGUGCGAGUCGGCCGAAGAAUGGGGAUACACCGUCGAGACGGGCGGGAUCGGAUUGUCAAACCAACCUUCUUACCACGACGAUGACCCCUCGCGACCGAUCUACGCCACCCAUACGGCCAUCUUUCGACACACCGGAGGAGCGCCUCAUCGAUCCCCCCGGUCCGUCCGAUCGGUCAGGUUGCCGUUCAUGCCAGCCAGUGGGGAAGAAUAUCACGCUCACAGGUUGGCCGUUCGGCACGUUCACGAACCGAGAGGUGCAGGCGAGGUGUACAAGAAGACGUGGGACCCCUCGCCAGAGUCGGACGAGACCAUCCGAGGGAUCGUGCGGGACCUGCUGAGAAGAUGGAGAGAGGGCGAAGUCACGCUGGAAGAGGUCUGGGCGACCGAUUCAGUCUCGUCAGCUUGUGUAGGGAGCAAGAGGACGCUUGUGCGUGCGCUUGGGGGGUUGGGCAAUUGUCCCGGUUCGACGGGCCUGGUCGGGGAUCAGCCGGAAUGGGAACUGGUCUGGAGCAGGGUCUCGCCCGGGGGGAUCCGCAUUCGAUGGAGGGACUUCGUCGACGAGGAAAAGGAGGAAAAGAGGAGACGAGAAGAUUGGGGUGUGGAUUCGUCUUCAUCAGCGGCCAAGGAGGUGGUCAUGACGGACACGAGCGGGUGGUAG